GUCAGAAUGGGUGAAACUGCUAAAUCUAGUGCAGUGUGAGAUCAUAAGUUGUACACAGAUUGAUGAUAUGGACUCCUAUGUUCUCAGUGAAAGCAGUAUGUUUGUAACAGAAAGGCGGUUCAUCUUGAAGACAUGUGGGACAACCACACUUCUUCUUGCUAUAGAGCCUCUGCUGAAACUGGUUAAAGAGAAAUGCGGUUUUGACAAUGUUGCUGAUAUUUUUUACUCCCGUAAAAAUUUCAUGCAGCCGGACAAGCAACAUGGAAUACAUCGCACCUUCGAAAAUGAAGUGGAGCAUCUUGAUACACUUUUCAAAAAUGGAGCAGCUUAUACCUUGGGUCGUAUUAACAGAGACUGCUGGUAUUUGUACACGAUGGACGAGGUGGGAGUUUCCCAGCCAGAUCAGACUGUAGAAUUGCUAAUGUGGGACCUUUGCCCAGAAAAGAUGGCUGUCUUUACAAAAGAAACCUGUUCUGAUGGUAAAGAAGCAAGGGAGAAAUCAGGCAUUGAUAAGAUUAUACCUGGGGCAAAGAUAGAUGACUUUUUGUUUGAACCAUGUGGCUAUUCAAUGAAUGGUCUGCUACCAGAUGGUCAGUAUAUAACCAUUCAUGUGACACCAGAACCAAACUGCUCCUAUGUCAGCUUCGAGAGUAAUGUGCCACAGGUUUGUAAAGAGUCAUACACUGGACUCAUAAAUAGAGUGUUGAACACAUUCAAGCCUGGAAAAGUGCUGAUGACCAUCUUUGCUAACAAGGAGUCUACAGCAAAAGACUGCCACAAAGACCUUGACACGUUCCUUGAUCAGACCCAGUACAAUCGUGUUGACCAUCAGUUCUGUACCUUCAAGAACUACAACCUUACCUACACCUACUUCACCAGCCGCCCUGUUAUCUAGGGGUGUCUCAGCAGAGGUGCUCCUGUCAGUUGCCAUAGCAACAGGUCAAAGGUUAAGGUUAUUUCUCAAGAAAUUAUACAUUCUUCCAAGUUCCAUCCGUUAUCGGACACUAGGUAUAUUAAAGAUUUCUCUUCAAAGAACUUACGUGUAAAUGACCCGAAUUGUUUCUCAAGGUCAUGCGAUAAUUUAACCAUCACCUUUGACCCUUGUAUAGAGUGCAUUGACAGACCCUCUGUUAGAUACUUUAGCAAAUAUUUUUUCCCUUAUAUUUCACUUCUUACAUUAGCUUGGGCAUUGAGUUGUGUCUUUUUCUCAUCUAUUGCAGUGGUAUUUAUUUGGAAAUCCUUUAAAAGCCUUAGAAAAUAUAGAUUCUCUUUCUCUUCAAUGACAAGGAAAGUCAGAUAAUUUGACUGCACAUUCUCCAUAAACAUAUUCAUAAUAAAUUUUGUUAUACACAACUUAUUACUUAAGUUAUAAUUUUUCACAUAUAUAUACUGGUAACUGGUAUUUUAUAUUUUAGGAUAAUAAAUUAAAUUUUUUGAUAUACUUAUGAUUUUAUACAAGGAAGGUGGUACAGAGCCAUACUCAAUCUGCAUAAUACAUCUAUUGGAGCCUUAACUGUUAUUCAAGACAAGAUUUUUCAAAAUGAAAUUUUUAUUAGAUUUCUGCCAUUCAGUGCUGUUUCUUUUGAAAUGUUUCUCAAAAGCUAUCGAAAAUAUACUGAGUAUAUAUGAAAUAAUUAAACAGUUAGUUCUGAAUGUAUGACACUUUUUAAAUACCAAUCAGUCUUGCAAACUCUUCAAAUGGUCAGGCCUCUUUGAAUAAGCAUUAUAUGAAACUUUCAAAUAAUAAAGUACACUUCAGUACGAAAUAUGAAAAAAAAAAUAUUUGGCUAAAUUGCUGCUACAACUGGUUGUUAAAUAGUAUUUUGUCCGAAUGUACAUUUGAUAAUGACUUAAGUAAAUCAUAAUGUUUCUUUAGUUUAUACAGAAUUUGAUUUAGUUUGGUUCUGUACAAAACUAACUACACACUCUCGAAUAUGUUCCUAGAACCAACAAGUACUGAGCAAUGACUGUAAACUAUCUUGCCCAAGGAAACAACAGCUUGCCCCUGACAGGGUUUGAACUUGCACAACAAGUGAUCCUUAAAUUGUUAGUGUUUAUGGUGUUAUCCUACUGCCACCAGGGUUUCUCUGAAGAUAGGUGACACUGGUCGGCUACAAUGCCCUGUCGGUAUUUAAUCUUACUGUAUAUUUAUUGGGUAUGUAAAUUUGAUUAAUGAUAAAUUCUUUUGAAUUAUCGUUUAUUUUUAGCUCACCUGUCACAAAGUGACAGGGUGAGCUUUUAUGAUCGCUUUUCGUCCGUCGGUCGGCCAUCCGUAAACUUUUACUUUAAAUGACGUCAACUCAUAAACCGCUAAGCCAAUUUCAUCCAAACUUCACAGGAAUGUUCCUUUGGUGGCCACCUUUAAAAAUUGUUCAAAGAAUUUAAUUCCAUGCAGAACUCUGGUUGCCAUGGCAACCGAAAGAAAAAACUUUAAAUAUCCUCUUUUAAAAAACCCAAAGAGCUAGAGCUUAGAUAUUUGGCAUGAAACAUCUUCAAGUGAGUGUCUACCAAGUUUGUUCAAAUAAAAGCCCUGGGGUCAAAAUUGGCCCCGCCCCAGGGGGUCAUUGAUUUUCCCAAAAACUUAAAAAAUCUUCUUUUAAAGAACACAAAGAGCUAGAGCUAAGAUAUUUAGCAUGAAACAUGUUCUAAUGGGUGUCUACCAAGUUUGUUCAAAUAAAAGCCCUUGGGUCAAUAUUGGCCCCGCCACGGGGUCAUUGAUUUUCCUUAUAUGUGUAUAGCAAAAAUUUAAAAAUCUUCUUUGAAAAAACCCAAAUAGUUAGAGUUUAAAUAUUAAGCAUGAAACAUCUCCUAGUGAGUGUCUCUAAAGUUUGUUCAAAUAAAAGCCCUGGGGUCAAAAUUGGCCCCGCCCCGGGGGUCAUUGAUUUUCCUUAUAUGUGUAUAGCAAAAACUGAAAAAUCUUCUUUGAUAAAACCCAAAUAGCUACAGUUUAGAUAUUAAGCACGAAACAUCUUCUAGUAAGUGUCUACAAAGUUUGUUCAAAUAAAAGCCCUAGGGUCAAAACUGGCCCCGCCCCAGGGGUAUCAUUGUUUUUAACAAUAUGUGUAUAGGGUCAUUGUUUAUCAUUAUAUGUGUGUAGUAAAAACUUAACAUCAUGAAACAUCUUCUAAUGGGUGUCUUCUAAGUUUGUUUAAAUAAAAGCCCUGGGGUUUAAACUGGCCUCACUCCGGGGGCCUAUAUACAGGUGAGCGACCUCAGGGCCAUCAUGGCCCUCUUGUUUCAUUGAAUAGUUUGUUUUUAGAAGAUAUGGAUUGCAUUGCAUCUUGUUAAAACAAAUAUGCAUGUAAUCCCCACAUUUAUCAUGUUGGAUAUUUAUGAAGGGCAUAAACAAUUAACAAUUGUUAUUUUGAAACUGAAUAUAUUUUAUUUGUGUAAUAUCCAGAAGUUAAUAUAUUGUUUCUUACAGUAUUUUCCCAUCUUAUUGUUACUGUAUGUUCAAAUAUGUUUUCUAUAAUAAAAUAAUAUUUGUGCAAUGUGCAAUUUUGUUAAAAAUUUGGAACACCACUGCUUUUUUACCAAACUUAGAUACAACUGAAAAAUAAAAAAUAUAAUGUCUAUACCUACAUAUUGUGAUGACUUGAGUAAAAGGGCUUCAAGAAAGGUAGGGGAAAUGAAAGAAUAUUUACCCUAGUGGUUAUAAUAAUUCUUACUGUAUUUUUAUCCUGUUCUAGAAUUGAAAUGGGGAUAAUUUUUUUUGAAUGUGCAAUCUUUUUCUUUUAAAUGUGUUUGUUUCCUUGGUAUUUUAGGAGGCCUUGUUCAUGUUCAGUAUUGAACAAGUAUAACGCCACUUGAUCAUGUUAAAUUUUUUAUAAAGGGCAUUGACAAGUGAUCUUUUGUUUUGAAAAAAAUAUAUGAUUUUGAAAGAGAUCAGUGUCAGGUUUUACAUUGUAAUUUUACGAUGUAGUAAAGGGUAAUAGAGAAAAGGAACUUUAUGUUUUACCCAAGUGUAUUAUUUUUUGUACCCAAGGGAAUUGUGUAGCUAUACUGCCAAAAUCUUUUAUGUGGAUCAAAACUAAUGUAAGGCAUCAUUUUACACUGUAAUCUUUUAUCAAAUUAACCACUCAGUCCAUUAGUAAAACUAAGAAAAUAUUGAUAUAAAAGGGCGAUUUGGAUUCUUUUGGGAUUUGAUAUGUUCAGUUACAGCUUAACAUUAAGGCAAACUGUUAACAUCACUUUGUUGUAACCUUUAGUUUUUUUUUCUUGUAUCUAAUGUAAAGUGUUUUGUUAAUUCACUGUGAAUCAUUCCCAAUAAACUUACAUUUGCAUAAUUUAUAAGAAGUCUAGCAUACAUUUGUGAACAAACUGUUUUUGUCUACAAACAAAUACAUAAAAGUGUCUGGCUUUCUUUGCCAUUUCAUGAGUUUAGUACAUUAUUGUUGUUCUAAAUCCAUUUAGAAAAAAAAUAAUUCUUAAGCUUAAAAUUGUUUGAUUACUUUGUUUUUAGAAGACUUUAUUAUGUAUUGUCAUGUCCGGUCUAUCAUUGAACAGAAAUAACCUUUUAUUGGUCGGCAAUAUGUCUGUUAAAUAAACAGCAAUAUUUAAAUCCUUUUACCUGCUGAAUUGCGUUGUGGCAUUGCCCAGCUUCGAACUUGGAACAAUCUGGAGUUUAAAAUCAUUUCAGCUCCUAAAUACAAUAAUUGGAACUGCCAGCUGUAUAGAGCCUGCUUAGACAGCAAAGAUUUUUAAAUAAAUAUUAAACUAUGAAUAAAUUCUAAAUUUAAAGCAACUAUUUAACUAUAAUUCUUGGUGUAAAGUCUUAAAGUAGACUGGCUUAUUCUUCAGCAAUAAGAAAAAUGUCUGUGACAGUACAUGUUGUUGUUGUUGUUGUUAAGAUCUAGAAUAAGCAAUUAUUCUGAUGUUGUGGAUUAGUGCUGAUUGUCUGAUUUUGAAUAAUCUCAUUGAAAAUAAUCUCAACAUUAUAUUGUUCAAGAUUGGUUCCUUUUAUUACAUGUUACGAUACUAAUCUGCUGAUAAUUCAAUAUCAUAGAACCUGUGUCAUCAUGUAGUUGUCAACUUUAGUUUUAUACUUGUAUCUUGAAUAUAUUCUUUGUUAAUGCAAAAAUGUGCGUUACUUGAAUACCAUCUAUGUAAAUUCAAAUUAUGCAGUACAUUUAAUAAUGUCUUUGUUAAUGCAAAAUUUUGUAUUACUUUAAAAUUUAAAAGUGGUUCCAAGUAAACAAGAAAAGUUUAGGAUAGUUCAAUAUUUUUCAGGGUUUUUUACCCCUGGCAUAUUUUUUUGUGCGUUUUAGCACACUCCUGUUGUUAGAUUUAAAAAUAAUCCUCAAAAUACUUUUUUCAUGGAACCUUUAUGGCUCUGACCAGUUCAUAAACUCAUUAAGGCAUUUCUUUAUCGGGGUAUCAAUAAAAAUAUUCAGUAAUAUACAUUUAUAAUAUAUACUGUUUGUUUGUUUUUUUUUUGUACAAAAGCCUAACAUCAUAGAAAGAGCUAAAAUUUGCAUUUACUGCUUUAUAUAUAUUAAAACAGAUGAUAUUAUGUUAUAUUUAGAUUUUUAUUCAUUCCUAUGGAAUGUGUACCUGUUUUAAUUUAACUAUGUUGAAAAUGACCAUUAAUUUUAUAUUGAAAAUAAAUUUGUGUCGUUAAAAUCCACUUCUGCAGUUUCAGAGGAUAACUUCAUAUUUCAAGGAUAUUUAUUUGUUAAAUCAGAAAUUAAAUAUUAAUCACUGAUGACUUGAUAUAAAAUUGUUCUUAUUAUUAUCAUUAUGACGAUUUAUACAGAGCAAAAUUGAAUUAAAGUGACAUUAUGCCCAUCUAUGAUCUAAGUGUAAAUGGCAUGUGGCAUGUAAUUGUGUUCAGUUUAAUAUUUUACUAUGCAAACAAUAUCAAUAAAUCACAUGACUUAUGGACAAUGAUAUAGAUAUUGUUAGAAAUUUUAUUGGAAAUUUUCAAUUUUUGAAAAGAGUGAGGCAGUCUUUUUAUAAUUUGGUUAGCUUUGAUAUUUUGCCAUCCAUUUUUUGGUUAGACACUUAUAAUAGUCACUCAUUUAAAAUAUACUUAACUUGACAACAAAAAAUGAGCAUAAUGUCACUUUAAAUACACAGCUGUCAAACCUUUAUUGGACAAGGUGGCGGAGCUUUUGCAGCUUUAUACAACAUGUACAAGUAAAAAAAAUGAUAUCAGUACAUGUAUUGAAUUCAACAAUAAAUAUAACUUCUUUAUACUACACCACCAAUAUUUUGACAUUUUCAGAGAGCUUUAAUUCAAUAUGGAUAUAUUUGGACUCUGGAUGUGGGUGAUCAAAUUAAGCCUAGACUGAUUCCAUUUGUGAUGUCAUAUCAAUGACAUUAUAUUUUUGGACUUAGAGAAUGAAAACUGGGUUAAACUGGAAAGAUUGUUGGAUCCAAUUUAAUAUGAUUUAUAUUUGGAUAUCACAUGGUGUAAAAGCUGAAAGUUCAUUGGUCACAUUUGAUAUUGAAGGUGUGGAAUAAAUAUUAAUACUACAGAUGUGUUCAGUUAAAUUAGCUCUUGAUAUUUUUUAUUAGUAAAUUAAGUUUUGUUUGAUAACAUAAAUUAUAACAGUUAUAUUCAUGAUACAAAAUAGUUCUCAAAAUAUCUAGGUCUAUAGUUAGUGCUUAUUUUACAAAUAUACAUUUUGUUUUUAUUUUGUCAGUAAAAUGCUCACAAUAAACAAGAUAAGGGAA